UAUGAGGAGGUUAUUUCCGAGACUUGAGGGCUGUUGGGAUAUGCAGAUAAGCGAAGCUACCUCUCGGAGGGAGACAGAGACCAACAAGCUCCUCAGCAAACAAGAGCUCAUUACUUCUUCCUACAGUAAUUUCACAAAUUUUAAAAGUUUCCGACCAGUUUACAUCGAGGAAAAAAGAGCAGCACAUCGAUCGCACAGUAAGGAAAGUUGGACGUCAUUUGAAAAUUGUGGAGGAGCCUCGUGAACCGCAAAAUUUGACGAGGGAACUCUUCUUUACUUCGUAUAGCAUACGCCUCACGCCCAAAUUUUAAGAAGGAACCGUUGAGAAAAGGAUCGCAAGAAUUUCCGAGCAGAACGAGAUGGAAGUCAAUCAAACGGACCAGAAAUUCAUCGAACGACACAAACCGCUCGUCUCCCCAACGGAGAAAGGGGACCGUUUACAGAAGAAUGGGCGACUUCCUCACUCCGUCCACCCACGUGAACCAACACCACGCGACGAUAACCACGUGCAGUCCCAUUCAGAUAAUAGGAGGUCAUCGAAGGCCAAGAAAUUACCACAAAUUGGCAGAAAGCGGGGUCGUCACGUGGUGGGGAAAGUUUACCCAUGCAAAAUUUGCCUGCGUCCCUUCACCAACGGAACCAGUGCUCACGUCCACGCCCGCACCCACCUCAACCCCCACGAGUUGGAGGAGUCCUCACUUUUCCAUGAGAAAUGUCCCCACUGCGAAAAAGAGUUCUUCAAUUGCCAUCACUUUACCGACCACGUGGCUGCGCACGAACGUCGCAAGAACCACGCCUGCCCCACCUGCAAACAGAAGUUCACCCGGAAAGCACAUCUGACCGGGCAUCUCUUCGUCCACCUGAGCCGCGAGGAGCGCGCGGAGGUGCGGCAGGGCUGGCGACACGGCUGCUACUUCUGCACCAAACGGUUCAUAGCUCCAUCUAAAUUAAGUUGUCAUCUGCUGACCCACACGAAGGAAAAAUUGGGCGGAAGGUGUCACACUUGUGGAAAAACGUUCUCCUCCAAAUAUUCGAUGACCGCGCAUCGUUUCGCCCAUCUCUCCGAGGACGAGAAGGUCACCCUCGUGAAGCAGGGUUCGGGUCGAGAAUGUCUAUUCUGUCAGAAGAAAUUCCCCGACAACGCCACUUAUCAUGCGCACCUGGUCUCCCACACGAAGGAGAAACCGUUCCGCUGCGACCAGUGUGGAAAACUGGUAAUGGGGACUUAAAAUUGCACAAGCGCAUUCACAGCGCGAAUCCGCGACCCUUCCAGUGCUCCGAGUGCGACCAGGCCUUCACCACGAAACAAAAUCUGGCCAGCCACAAGAACACGGUUCACCGGAAGGUGAAGGACUUCGUGUGCCCCGAGUGCGGAAAGAAGUUCGGCACAAAAAGUAACAUGGUGACACAUUUGAAGGAUGCUCACUUUAAAGAACGGCACCCCUGCCCCCACUGCGGGCACACGUUCACGCGGAAAGGCAACCUUGGGAGGCAUUUGAAGAAGGUUCAUCCCCAAAGAUAAAUUCCUUCGUUUGUCAAAUUUCAUGUAAUAUUUCCAUGCGUUAGAUUUUUAUAUGCUCCCCAUGUCACCAUUUGUGACGAGAUAAUUCUUCUCGUAUGACUGAUAAAAAUGGCAUAAUUGAAUUUGUAAGAUGUAAACACGACCUAAUUUUUGUUACAGUUUUGACCACGACGAUUUUUAUGGAGUAAAGUUAUUCUGUUUUGUACUAAAAAAAA